AUGGACGGCGUAGUAGACAAGGUCGAGCCUUUAGUACAAUUACCGACGGUCGACAGCGACGUGAGACACCCGCGUACCGGCCACUCCGGUUGCCCCCACGAAUGGUCAACGUUUAAUGGCGCGAGAGACCUUGCUGUGACCCCCAGGAAUCCAAACCAACUAACACUCAAUAAACCAAUUUGUAUAACUACGUCAGAAUUUUUAAAAGGGAAACUAGGAGAGCUUUUCCGUCAAAUAAAAGCGCUGGAUCAAGCCAUAUCCGCUGAGUUGGCGAAAGCACUCUGGGCCCGGCCAGGAGCCACUCCCCUCUCGCCCCGCGCCGCCGGUAGCACCCUAGCGGAUAAACAACGUGCACUGGAGGCGAUCUCUAGUCCUGCUGCAAAAACCGUUUUACCAGAAAAAUAA